CAAAUAAAAUAAUAAUUCACCCUAAGAAUUCACCGAACAGAAAGUCUGUUUUGUCUCUAGAUCCAUAAACUAAUUUGACAUAAAACUUUAAGUCGGUUUAAAAAGUAUUUUACGCGUUCAUUAGCACCGCAUUUAUUUAGUGUCUUUUUUUGUUUGUAAAUAUGAUCCUUAUGUCAGUGUUUCCACUGACCUUCUUACAACUGGUUUACAAUAUUGGUUUCAGUUAUAUGAAUAAAGAAAUUAUGAAUUCACAAAAAGAAGAUAAUAAAUCAGAAUCGGAAGAUUACGAGGAAGAUUCCAAAGGUUUUCCAGUUAGAAGGAAAAGGAAUAAUUCUAAAACUGAUACUUCUGAUUUAUCAAAAGCAAAUCUGACCGUAUCUAAAGUUUCUUCAAGUUUAAAAAUUGGUAAGAAUGAUAAUAAAAACUUUCUUGACACCGUAUUUGCAGAUAAAUUAUUAAUUAUAUCGAAGACGAACAGGACAAAUAAACAAUUGAACGUAGAAGUUGAAGAUACAAGUGGAAUCAUUUUUACUAAAAAAAUUAUACAUAAAUUCAAUUACCUUGACUAAUAAGAUAUAUUUAAACAUUAUAAUUUUUAUAUUUUAUUUUUUGUAUAGCAAAAAUUUUUGUUCUUGU